CAUGUCGCCACUUCGCAUGCCGUUCUCGUUGACUCCAGUUGUGUUCGCAGCUGCCGCGUGAGCGUCCCGUGUAAUCAUUGUCGCUGACGUCGUUCUUUCCGCUGUUGUCGGUGCUGUCGGUGCUUGCCGUCGCUGAGUUGACGCGUUGUUGUAUGCUCCAUUUGAUCGGUGAUUAAGAUGCUGCAUCUGCCGCUAAUCGAACGAGCCGAGUGAAUGCCGUGCGUCGAGCCAUCGCCCAAUGUAUUAAGUGCCAUAUGAAUACACACUGAAGUGACGCCUAAAGGGCUGAUAGUUUGACGGGCUGACGGGCUAACGGGCUGACGGGCUUGACGUGUUGACAGGCAACGGGUAACGCCUCAAGUGUCUGUUUGCCAAUUUCCAAUUUUUGCCGCCCAAAGUGAAUUUCAGCAAUAAUAACAACAGCAACAGCAACAACAACAAUGUCGUAAUCACCCUGCCCGUGUGUGUGUGUGAUUAUGCGUAUGUGUGCGUGUGUCGGCGUGUGUAAUCCAAGAAAAUCUGUCACGUGCUUUGGAUAUCCCUGUGUGCUACUCCACACGCAGCGCAUUUAUUGAAUAAAAUAAAAGAUAAAUGCGUCAGCACACAAACAGACAGGCACGAGUCCAAGGGAUACGAAAUUGGCUCCCAAACCUGACAGAUGUUGUUUUCCCAACAAGAAUAACAACUCGGCCGAGCAGCUCAAGUGGAACCCAGCCGAACAUGGCAUUGGGCCAAGGCUUAUUUACAAAGCAGCAAAUGGAGUGUGUAUGAAAAUAGCAGAGACUAGAAUAACAAUAGCAACAGCAACAGCAACAGCAACAGCAAUAGAUCAAAACUGAUAAACUAAAACAAUAAACAAAUAAAUAAUCGUAUGCAAAAAUUAUCAUCAGAGCUCCAUAAAAUUGACCAUAAAAUCAAAGCGACAACGACUGAGCCGUCCCAUAAAAAAGCGUCGAUUCUUCGGCUCCAGUUAGCAAUUUAUAUUGCAUAUAUACAUAUACAUAUAUAUAUAUAUAACUGGAAUAAGUUUUAUUUGGCGAAUUCCGUCAACGUGUGCACAAACCAGGUCCUUGCACAUUGCGUAUACGCCACGUGUUGCCAGCGUCAGCAGAAAAUACAAACCGACAGUCAAAGUGCUAAAUGCGUUUACAUAUCUCUGGCGCGGCAAUUGCCGCCUCCGCCACCAGUGCAGCGAAAUAGAAGUGAAAGUGCGAAGAUUCGCAUUAUUUCUGCGUAGGCGAACAUUAUUCUCUGGCUAGGCGAGGCGAAGGGCGCAGUAUGCUGCGCUUGUGGAAAAAUCGAUCCAAAAUGCGAAUAGACGCCGCUAGCAUGAGCAGCAGCAACACCACCAACACCACUAGUACCACUACCACCACCACCACCACCACCACCAGGACCACUUUCACCAACAGCAGACAGCCACAUCGCACCAAGCAGCUGGCACAGUUACUCAUUGGCAGCAUCCUCUGCAUGACAAUUGCAUCGCAUCCACAAACGAAGGCGGCGGCAACUGCCACGGCCGCAGUCACAGCUGGCUUCGAGGAGCGAGUGGUGGAGGCAUCCUCGUCAGCGGCUCUGGCCCUACCGGCGGCUCAAGUGUCAUCCCUGCUGCCCGAGGUGGGCGCCUUGUCGGCCACUGGGGUCCUGGUGGAGCCCUAUCUGGACGGCUUUGCCACAUCGAAUGUGACCACGCAGAUCGGCACACACGCCUAUUUGCCCUGUCGGGUUAAGCAGCUUGGCAACAAAUCCGUUUCCUGGAUUCGUCUACGUGAUGGGCACAUUCUCACAGUCGACAGAGCCGUGUUCAUUGCGGAUCAGCGCUUUCUCGCCCUCAAGCAGCCGGAUAAAUACUGGACGCUGCAAAUCAAAUAUGUGCAGGCGCGGGAUGCGGGCACCUACGAGUGCCAGGUCUCGACCGAGCCGAAAGUGAGCGCGCGCGUGCAGCUGCAAGUUGUUGUUCCUCGAACCGAAAUACUCGGCGAACCGGAUCGCUAUGUCAAAGCUGGCAGCAAUGUCGUCCUGCGCUGCAUUGUGCGCGGCGCCUUGGAGCCGCCGACGUUCAUCAUGUGGUACCACGGCACCGAGCAGCUGGCCGCCGAUUCACGACGCCAUCGCACGCAAUUGGACCCGAAUCUGCCAGAGGCCAGCGGCGAAGGGCAGAGCACGAUCGGCUCAUUAAUCAUCGAGUCGGCCAAGAAGCGGGACACUGGCAAUUACACUUGUAGCCCGUCAAACAGUCCCAGUGCGACGGUCACACUCAACAUAAUAAAUGGAGAAUCUUCGGCUUCGGCUGUGACGUCAUCGGCCCCCAUCACACGUGCAUACACACUGUGCAUUCUCGCUUUGCUGCUGAGCGUUUUCCUGAUCGGCGUGGGACAACCGACAUGACGAGUCCAGGGCGGAGGCGAAAGGCAGCUGAAUUAAAACAAAAGACAGAACUACGUGGAAAAACUCAUAGAAGCAAAGAAAAAGAAAAACGCAGCCAACAAACCAAAUUAUAGAAAAGCUAAAUCGAACAAAAAAUAUGCAGGAAAUAUUAAAAACGAAAAAAAACAAAUCGAGUGCAUAUUGUAAUUGUAGUUGAUUUUAUCUGCUAAUUUAUCUGUAAGAAAGAAAAUAAUCAUAAAAACAAGUCGAAAAACUUCUGAGAGGCAGCAAUGGUAAGAGAAUGCAACUAAAUUGUAAGUACUACGAGCUCUAAGCAACUAGUCCUAAACUCUAACCUAAGCAGGCGAACGUAUGCACACGCGCAUUUACGUAAAUAUAUAUAAAUACAUAAUAUAUAUGUAUAUGUAUAUCAUAUUUAUGUACAUGUAUAUGUAUAUCUGUUUACAUUUAUGCACUGGCAUUUGGUUGUUGUGUAUUUGUGUGUGCGUGUGUGUGCAUAAAUGUAUAAACGUAAAUAUUUAUGCAACAUCAAGUGAAAUUGCAAGGAUAUUCUUAUCAGCCAAAGCAUUGCUAUUCAGACAAACGGAAGGACAGCGAGCGAGUCCAGGCUCCAAUCGAAUAAAAAAUAAUUUUUGAUAUUUUCCAAUAAAGCGCAUGCAGUUGGGCAACUCGAAUGCAUUUUCAUUGCAAAGUAUUUACGAGUGCAGUCAAAGAGAAAGACACAGACAGAGAGAGAGAGAGAGAGAGAGAGAGAGAGAGAGAGAGAGAGAGAGCGAGAGAGCGAUGCAGAGUGACAGUGAGAGAGUCAAGCAUGCUGCAUUAUUCAAAGGCUAUCAUGUGUCCUUUACCUUGUUUGUCUUUCGUUCAGCUCAGCUCUGUGCAUUGCAUUUGAAACAUUUCUCAAUAGCCGAAGCACUUGGCUGCCCCACAGUUCAUUUAUUCUCAAGCACAAAUCAAUUUUAUUAAAAAUGAAACGAUGAGAGCAAUGCAACUAAGCUGCCAAUUCGAUUGAAAGCUGUUAACAAUAAUUUCAAAUUUCCCGUAGAAUAAAUGCAUUCGAAAUGCUUGGGCAGGAACACAGAAAACUAUGCAAAAUGUUAUUUCAUAUGCCAUGUAAUAUUCAAUACUUUUUUUUUUUACAUACAUAGCUCAAACUUAAUUUGCGUUAUGUUUGUUAAGUCACAAAUACAUUUGAACAGCCAUAUUUUGCCAGCUCUUAUCUCGACAUAAAACAUGUGCGAAACACACAGAAAUUUACAUAAAAUAAUGGAAAAAAUUAUAGCAACAAAAUAUAUAUAUAUACAAAUAUAUAUAUUGAUUGAGAGACUCACAUCAAUUUGUAUGUUAGCAUUAAGAUAAGUGUAUAUACAAAAAAUGAAAACAACUCUAUGCUGGUAUGUGUAUAGCAAGCAUGUAAAUUAAUUGAUUAUAAUGGAAUAAAAAAUAUUACAAAUUCUAUAUAUAUAUAUAUAUAUAGAUAUAUUGUAUGUGUAGCACACAAGAGUUAAGCGCGGAGUAUUCGAAAUACUUAUAAAUUGCAUUUAAAAUGUUAUGAAACAACAGCCAGAAAAUCUCGUAAAAUUUAUAGAGAGUGCAGAGUUCAUUGUGUAUGAAGCAGCAGGCGAAUUGCAUCGAUUUCGAUUUAUUUACGUCCUUUUAUAAUUGUGCAAAAGAGAAAUAAAACAAAAAAAUAAAAAACGUAACACAAUAUUUAUGUAUAUGCACGGACCGUACAAUAACAACACAGAUCCAUAAAAAUUCCCAAUUUAAUAUGAAUGCAAGGAAAUGUGUCUUUUAUUUGGAUUUUACACGCAGCAAUUGCGAGUGCGAAAAAGAAAGCCAACAAGUUAAUGCGCGGAAAAAUCAAUUAAACGCUUAAUUGCAAUUAGCCGCUGCACACGAACUUAAAGUCCAAAUAAUCGAGUAUACAUUCAUUAUAUGCAAUACAAAUAAACACACACAUACACACACAUACACUUAUUUAAACAAUGCGCAUCGCCUGGCAAUUGUCAUCACGGGGCGUAUGAGUAACCAGCCUGUCGCUCAUUAAUAAAAUCCAACCACAAGCAGCUGCAACUAAAUGAGGCAACAACACUGUGGUAAACAGCCCGUGGGGCCACGCAACUCUCCCAGUCUCCCACCUUCUCAUCCUCAGUUACAUUCAUCGAAUCGUAAUUUUUGUUGCUGCUCGCCUUUCAUACUUCACACUCUUUUCAAGGCCUCUGCAAAUAAACACGUAACAGAUGUUUGCGGUCUCUGCGGUCAGCCGUCUUUGAGAUGCAGGAAAGUCUUCACCUUUCACGCCUCGAUUUUAAUUCCUUUUAAUUGAACUCCCCUCUCAACUUAAAUAGCAAACUAUUUAAUCCAACACCCACUUCAAUGUUGAGCCAUGCAUUUUAGACCGUAAGUCAAAUCGAUGGUAUAGCGAAUAUAUAUAUAUAUAAAUAUAUAUAUAAUUAACUAUAAAACGAAAUCAAAAUACAUUUCUAAGUCCUUAAGUGUUUUUCAUAAAAUUAAUUAAAAUGUGACCCGAGGCCAGCUUAGUCACAUCUACUUAAUUAAACUAAUUAACUUAAUAAUCGUCUGACGCCCUAAUCGAAGCAAGUGCAAUGCAAAAACAAAAAAUAAUUAUAAAAAAAUAAAUAAAAUCAAUACGAAAAAAACUGCAUUAGCAAAAACGUUAAAUCUACUUAACUGUAAAUAUAACAUAUAUAUAUAUGCCAUUAGAGCGCGAAUGCAUAAUACGAAACGAUAAAUUUUAACAAAUUUAAAAUAAUACAUAUACACUAUACAUAUACAUAUACAGUUAUGUGCGAACAUAUAGCGAAAUUACCGUUAAGUACCAACUAAUUGCAGCAACAAAAGAAAAACAACGUACUUAUAUAUGUAAACGAAAAUAAACUAUGUGAAAACUCUCAACUGAGAAAAUUUAUUGCAUUGAAUAAAUAAUAAUCUGAAUAAUUAACUAACAAA